CGCGAUGGCCAGUGGUGACCAGAGGGGUUUAGCGCGUGUCAUUCACGCGAUAAGGCUGCGACGUAACGACCUUACGGCACGACCAAUUUAGAUAUAUUAUUGCAUGAACUGUUUUGCUUUUUGAAUAAUCCUUUUGAGACUAGUUUUGGCGGUCCAUGAGCUUCCUGGCUCGUUUGGACCAAUCUACGAGCAUGAACUUGUAACAUCAAUCAAAGCAGAUUGCAGCAGUGAUGACAGGUCUACGACCUUUGGUUUUAAGGGCAUCGCCGCGGCUGGCCCCACAGCUGCCCGUCUAUCGCACGCAGUAUCGCACGCUCUCCGUCGACCCUUCGCAAACAACUGUUCGGCCUGCACUACAGCUAGUAGGACUGCGAUGCCAUGGCAGCGCACAACGAACGAGAGUAUGCGCGGCGUCUGCCACAGCACAGGUGCAGGCGGUCGCGUUGGCACCUGGAGAAGCGCCUGCCACGUCCCCGGACUCGCCACUGGGACUAGUUGACGUGCUAUCCACGGGUUCGCGCCUUAUCACAGCUGCUCAAGCUGCAUGGGCCCAGGCCUUGCGGCCCGGCGACACCGCCGUUGACGCAACCAUGGGGAACGGACAUGACACGCUGUUCCUGGCACAAGCUGUGGGACCAACUGGCCACGUGAUAGGUUUUGAUAUCCAGGAAGCAGCCACCGCUUCCACGCGGGAGCGGCUCGAGUCGCACCUGUCCGCGGAGGUCCGGCCGCGCCUGUCGCUGCACACCGCCUGCCACAGCCGGCUGCAGGAGCUGGCGGGCAGCGGGCGAGCGCGUGUGGUGGCGUUCAACCUAGGCUACCUGCCGGGCGCCCCCGACAAGCUGGUCACCACCACCUCCACCAACACUACCGUGGAGGCGGUGGAGGCAGCGCUAGAGGUUGUGAUGCCGGGUGGGCUGAUCACCAUCCUUUCAUACACCCGCCACUCCGGCGGCUUGGAGGAGUACGAGGCGGUGAAGGCGCUGACGUCGGAGCUCAGCCCCAGCUACUGGACUGCCAGCGAGACGCGGCUGCUGAACCGGCCCACCGCGCCCAUACUGCUUCUCUUGUGGCGGCGAGACGACCUGCUGCCGGCACGCAUCCGGAAGUAGCGGCCUGGCGAGGGGGCUGAGGCGCCGGCAGGAAUGGAUAGGCGACUGCUGAGGGCGGGGACGUCCGGGCUGGUAGGCUGGUAGUGCGCGCAGACCUGUGUCACCGGGGUGCGGAGAAACGAAACACCCGCUGAGUGUGGCGGGGGAUAGCUGCUGGAGGCUGCGGUGUGGUGGUGCGAGUGUGGUUACUUGAGUGGUUGCAUACUAAACAGCACAGGAAUGCGACCGAACGGUAUGCUGCACGAGUGGGCACGCCGCAUUUAUGGAUUCAGCUGAGAGGACCGAGGAUAGCACAUGCGAACUGUAGCAUGGCCUGGGAGCUGCGGCAGCGGCUCAGAGACCUGGCGGCGGUGCAGGGCCUGUGCCCAGCAGUGCCGGCGUGCAUGUGCGUAGCCGAGGAACCAGGCAAUGCCAAAUCGAGGAGAGCGCGGCGCCGCCCAAGAAGCGGUGCCGGCGCGCAGGACCCCAGGUUGAGACCUGUCGGUGUCUGGUUUGCGGUCUUUGCUGGCGAGCAUAGCAUGGCACGGUGUGUGGCUUCGAUGCUGCUUGGUUUGUUGCCUGCUGUGCGUGGCUCGUGAACUGCGUCAGCAGGUCCCUCUUGUAACCAAUGCAAUCU